AUAUUCACAUCAUAGAUUUCAAACCCGUUGACAAAAGACAAAAACAAAAGAGAUGGGAGGUGGUGGAGUGAUGAGGACAGUGGUUAUCUUAGCAGUAGCUUUUUUCAUGAUAGGCUCCGAAAAUUUCCACGUGGCAACAGCUCAGGUCUGUGGAGCUAACUUGUCGGGACUGAUGAAUGAGUGUCAACGUUACAUCAGCAACGCCGGACCACCGUCUCGGUCGUGCUGCGCUCUAAUCCGUCCCAUCGACGUACCUUGUGCAUGCCGCUACGUUUCAAGGGAUGUUACCAACUAUAUUGAUAUGGACAAAGUGGUUUACGUUGCUCGUUCUUGCGGCAAGAAGAUCCCCUCCGGUUACAAAUGUGGAAGUUACACCAUUCUGAAGGCGUAAAGAGAGGAAAGCCACCAACAGGAUUUGAAUUGCCAUAAAAUAGUGUCUGAAUAAUGAUGAUGUGAGGGUUUUGGGUCUUUUAUAUGUAAUAAGUUUUAUGUAAAAUCAAAAUGUAGGUGAUGGUUGGAAUAUAAUGAGACGGUAGUAGUUUGCGAGUAAUAAAAAUCAAAUGAUAGUGUGUUUAUGACUA